GCUAUCACUUUACUUUGAAUGCAACAUCGAAAAGUAGUAAAUAAUAAACAAAACAAAUUAAUUCUAAAAUAGUUUUUAAAUUGAUAUACGAUGGUUUGUGAAAAAUGCGAAACAAAAUUGGCUAAAAUUGCUACACCAGAUCCCUGGAAAACUGGCCCGGCUCGUAAAAUUAAUGAAAACAAAGCGUUAUCUUCCGCUAAAGACAGAUUUAACCCCAUUGGGAAAACACUUCCACCAUGCCGAAUUUGCCGCCAAAAAGUUCACCAGGCUGGAUCGCAUUAUUGUCAAGCAUGUGCCUACAAAAAAGCUAUUUGUGCCAUGUGUGGCAAAAAAUUAAUGAGUACUAAAAAUUAUAAACAAAGUUCAACGUAAAAUAGUUCAUUUGUAUUUAAUAUCAAAACUAUUUUCAUACUUAAACAGUACAAUAAUUUUGUCCUUUAAAUCUUAGUGAAAAUUAGAAUAACAAUAUAUCGUAUAAUAUUAACAAAUAAUAAAUACUAUAACUCUCUUGACGAUUGUGAA